AUGAAUUUGAGAAGAAGCACAGCAUUAAAACUAACUUUAAUCACAAUCGUACUGUCAUAUGCUUGUGGACAAUGUGUUGCUAAUGCUCAACCAGUUAACUCUGAUGACGAAGAUGCGCAUUCGAAAGCUCAGAAACCCAAUACACAAGGGAUACUAUGCGAUGCAAUAGAUUUGGUUUCAAUAGCGCCUAAAUUUGUAAAAACUGUGUUGAAAACUAAGAACAUUAAGGAUAUAUUCUGUAAUGAGAAAGCAUUUACUCAAUCACAUCAGAAGCCCAAUCACAACGGAAAACAUAUUGGCAUUCCGCAUUCUGAACCAGGAAUCAAUGUCAAAACUGAUACAGUCCAAACUACAAAUGCACCAAUAAUAUCUACAAAAAAAUAUACUCCAGAAACAAAGUAUCAAACAAAACCAACCUAUAAACAAUCUACAUAUGAACCAACAGAUAAAUCAAAAACCAUAGUUAAUGUAGCAGCCGCCAAGCCGACUACUACUGCGUACACAUAUCCUACACAGAAAUCUUAUAAGGACCACGAGUAUGUGACUGGCGCUAAAACGGUCAGACCUACAUAUAAACCAAUUUACAAACCAAAAACUACCAGUCACGCGGGUAUAGUGGAAACGACCACCAAGGGGUAUAUGCAUCACACACCAAAAUUUUCAAACAAAUUCGUGACCGAGGCUCAAACAGUGAAUCCUAUUUACAAGCCAACUCACAGGCCACAACCUACCGUUAAGAAGGAAACAGCCAAACCGACAAAGAGCAACUAUACUCACCCUACUUACAAAUCAUGGCACGACUACGUAACCGAGACUCAAACGGCCAAGCCUACAUACAAGCCAACUAAUAGGCCACAACCUACCGUUAAAAAGGAAACAGCGAAACCAACAAAGAGUGACUACACUCAUCCUACCUACAAAUCAUGGCACGACUACGUAACCGAGGCCCAAACGCUCAAGCCUACAUACAAGUCAACUUAUAGGCCACAUCCUACUGUUAAAAAGGAAACAGCGAAACCAAAAAAGAGUGACUACACUCAUCCUACCUACAAAUCAUGGCACGACUAUGUAACCGAGGCUCAAACGGUCAAGCCUACAUACAAACCGACUUACAAGCCACAAGCUACCAUUGAAGUGAAAACAGUGAAACCGACAACGGCCGAUUACACUUAUCCUACUCACAAGUCAUCGCACAAAUAUGUGACUGAGGAUCAAACGGCCAAGCCUACCUACAAGCCGACUUACAAGCCACAAGCUACCUUUGAAGUGGAAACAGUGACACCGACAACGGCUGAUUACACUCAUCCUACACACAAGUCAUCCCACGAAUAUGUGACUAAGGCUGAAACGGUCAAGCCUACUCACAAACCGACUUACAAGCCACAAGCUACCGUUGAAGUGGAAUCUAUGAAACCGACAACGGCUGAUUACACCCAUCCUACACAGAAGUCAUCCCACGAAUAUGUGGCGGAGGCUGAAACGGUCAAGCCCACCUACAAGCCGACUUACAAGCCACAAGCUACCGUUGAAGUGGACGAAGUGAAACCGACAACGGCUGAUUACACUCAUCCUACACAGAAGUCAUCCCACGAAUAUGUGGCGGAGGCUGAAACGGUCAAGCCCACCUACAAGCCGACUUACAAGCCACAAGCUACCGUUGAAGUGGACGAAGUGAAACCGACAACAGCUGAUUACACUCAUCCUACACAGAAGUCAUCCCACGAAUAUGUGACUGAGGCUGAAACGGUCAAGCCUACUCACAAACCGACUUACAAGCCACAAGCUACCGUUGAAGUGGAAUCUAUGAAACCAACAACGGCUGAUUACGCUCAUCCUACACACAAGUCAUCCCACGAAUAUGUGACUGAGGAUCAAACGGUCAAGCCUACUCACAAACCGACUUACAAGCCACAAGCUACCGUCGAAGUGAAAUCAGUGAAACCGACAACAGCUGAUUACACUCAUCCUACACACAAGUCAUGGCACGAAUAUGUGACUGAGGCUCAAACUGUCAAGCCCACCUACAAGCCGACUUACAAGCCACAAGCUACCGUUGAAGUGGACGAAGUGAAACCGACAACGGCUGAUUACACUCAUCCUACACACAAGUCAUCCCACGAAUAUGUGACUGAGGCUCAAACUGGCAAGCCCACCUACAAGCCGACUUACAAGCCACAAGUUACCGUUGAAGUGGACGAAGUGAAACCGACAACAGCUGAUUACACUCAUCCUACACACAAGUCAUCCCACGAAUAUGUGCCUGAGGCUCAAACGGUCAAGCCUACCUACAAGCAAACUUUCAAGCCAGAAGCUACCGUUGAAGUGAAAACAGUGAAACCAACAACGGCCGACUACGCUCAUCCUACACACAAGUCUUCCCACGAAUAUGUACCUGAGGCUCAAACGGUCAAGCCUACCUACAAGCAAACUUACAAGCCAGAAGCUACCGUUGAAGUUGAAACAGUGAAACCAACAACGGCCGAUUACAAUCAUCCUACACACAAGUCUUCCCACGAAUAUGUGACUGAGGAUCAAACGGUCAAGCCCACCUACAAGCCGACUUACAAGCCACAAGCUACCUUUGAAGUGGAAACAGUGAAACCAACAACGACCGACUACGCUCAUCCUACACACAAGUCAUCGCACGAAUAUGUGACUGAGGCUCAAACGGUCAAGCCUACCUACAAGCAAACUUACAAGCCAGAAGCUACCGUUGAAGAGGAAACAGUGAAAUCAACAACGGCCGACUACGCUCAUCCUACUCACAAGUCAUCCCACGAAUAUGUGACUGAGGCUCAAACGGUCGAACCUACCUACAAGCCGAAUUACAAGCCACAAGCUACCGUUGAAGUGGAAUCAGUGAAACCGACAACGGCUGAUUACACUUAUCCUACACACAAGUCAUCGCACGAAUAUGUGACUGAAGCUCAAACUGUCAAGCCCACCUACAAGCCGACUUACAAGCCACAAGUUACCGUUGAAGUGGACGAAGUGAAAACGACAACGGCUGAUUACACUCAUCCUACACAAAAGUCAUCCCACGAAUAUGUGACUAAGGCUGAAACGGUCAAGCCUACUCACAAACCGACUUACAAGCCACAAGCUACCGUUGAAGUGGAAUCUAUGAAACCGACAACGGCUGAUUACACUCAUCCUACACACAAGUCAUCCCACGAAUAUGUGACUGAGGCUCAAACUGUCAAGCCUACUCACAAACCGACUUACAAGCCACAAGCUACCGUUGAAGUGGAAUCUAUGAAACCGACAAGGGCUGAUUACACUCAUCCUACACACAAGUCAUCCCACGAAUAUGUGACUGAGGCUCAAACGGUCAAGCCUACCUACAAGCAAACUUACAAGCCAGAAGCUACCGUUGAAGAGGAAACAGUGAAAUCAACAACGGCCGACUACGCUCAUCCUACUCACAAGUCAUCCCACGAAUAUGUGACUGAGGCUCAAACGGUCGAACCUACCUACAAGCCGAAUUACAAGCCACAAGCUACCGUUGAAGUGGAAUCAGUGAAACCGACAACGGCUGAUUACACUUAUCCUACACACAAGUCAUCCCACGAAUAUGUGACUGAGGCUCAAACUGUCAAGCGUACUCACAAACCGACUUACAAGCCACAAGCUACCGUUGAAGUGGAAUCUAUGAAACCGACAAGGGCUGAUUACACUCAUCCUACACACAAGUCAUCCCACGAAUAUGUGACUGAGGCUCAAACUGUCAAGCCCACCUACAAGCCGACUUACAAGCCACAAGCUACCGUUGAAGUGAAAUCAGUGAAACCGACAACGGCUGAUUACACUCAUCCUACACACAAGUCAUCCCACGAAUAUGUGACUGAGGCUCAAACUGUCAAGCCUACUCACAAACCGACUUACAAGCCACAAGCUACCGUUGAAGUGGAAUCUAUGAAACCGACAAGGGCUGAUUACACUCAUCCUACACACAAGUCAUCCCACGAAUAUGUGCCUGAGGCUCAAACGGUCAAGCCUACCUACAAGCAAACUUACAAGCCAGAAGUUACCGUGGAAGUGGAAACAGUGAAACCGACAACGGCCGAUUACACUCAUCCUACACACAAGUCAUCCCACGAAUAUGUGACUGAGGCUGAAACGGUCAAGCCUACUCACGAACCUACCUACAAGCCACAAGCUACCGUUGAAGUGGAAUCAGUGAAACCGACAACGGCUGAUUACACUCAUCCUACACACAAGUCAUGGCACGAAUAUGUGACUGAGGCUGAAACGGUCAAGCCUACUCACGAACCUACCUACAAGCCACAAGCUACCGAUGAAGUGGAAUCAGUGAAACCGACAACGGCUGAUUACACUCAUCCUACACACAAGUCAUCCCACGAAUAUGUGACUCAGGCUCAAACGGUCAAGCCUACUCACAAACCGACUUACAAGCCACAAGCUACCGUUGACGUGAAAUCAGUGAAACCGACAACAGCUGAUUACACUCAUCCUACACAGAAGUCAUCCCACCAAUAUGUAACUGAGGCUGAAACGGUCAAGCCUACUCACGAACCUACCUACAAGCCACAAGCUACCGUUGAAGUGGAAUCAGUGAAACCGACAACGGCUGAUUACAUUCAUCCUACACACAAGUCAUCCCACGAAUAUGUGACUGAGGCUCAAACGGUCAAGCCUACUCACCAACCGACUUACAAGACAGAAGCUACCGUGGAAGUGAAAUCAGUGAAACCGACAACAGCUGAUUACACUCAUCCUACACACAAGUCAUGGCACGAAUAUGUGACUGAGGCUCAAACGGUCGAACCUACCUACAAGCCGACUUACAAGCCACAAGUUACCGUUGAAGUGGACGAAGUGAAACCGACAACGGCUGAUUACACUUAUCCUACACACAAGUCAUCGCACGAAUAUGUGACUGAGGCUCAAACGGUGGAACCUACCUACAAGCCGACUUACAAGCCACAAGUUACCGUUGAAGUGGACGAAGUGAAACCGACAACGGCUGAUUACACUUAUCCUACACACAAGUCAUCGCACGAAUAUGUGACUGAGGCUCAAACGGUGGAACCUACCUACAAGCCGACUUACAAGCCACAAGCUACCUUUGAAGUGGAAACAGUGACACCGACAACGGCUGAUUACACUCAUCCUACACACAAGUCAUCCCACGAAUAUGUGACUAAGGCUGAAACGGUCAAGCCUACUCACAAACCGACUUACAAGCCACAAGCUACCGUUGAAGUGGAAUCUAUGAAACCGACAACGGCUGAUUACACCCAUCCUACACAGAAGUCAUCCCACGAAUAUGUGGCGGAGGCUGAAACGGUCAAGCCCACCUACAAGCCGACUUACAAGCCACAAGCUACCGUUGAAGUGGACGAAGUGAAACCGACAACGGCUGAUUACACUCAUCCUACACAGAAGUCAUCCCACGAAUAUGUGGCGGAGGCUGAAACGGUCAAGCCCACCUACAAGCCGACUUACAAGCCACAAGCUACCGUUGAAGUGGACGAAGUGAAACCGACAACAGCUGAUUACACUCAUCCUACACAGAAGUCAUCCCACGAAUAUGUGACUGAGGCUGAAACGGUCAAGCCUACUCACAAACCGACUUACAAGCCACAAGCUACCGUUGAAGUGGAAUCUAUGAAACCAACAACGGCUGAUUACGCUCAUCCUACACACAAGUCAUCCCACGAAUAUGUGACUGAGGAUCAAACGGUCAAGCCUACUCACAAACCGACUUACAAGCCACAAGCUACCGUCGAAGUGAAAUCAGUGAAACCGACAACAGCUGAUUACACUCAUCCUACACACAAGUCAUGGCACGAAUAUGUGACUGAGGCUCAAACUGUCAAGCCCACCUACAAGCCGACUUACAAGCCACAAGCUACCGUUGAAGUGGACGAAGUGAAACCGACAACGGCUGAUUACACUCAUCCUACACACAAGUCAUCCCACGAAUAUGUGACUGAGGCUCAAACUGGCAAGCCCACCUACAAGCCGACUUACAAGCCACAAGUUACCGUUGAAGUGGACGAAGUGAAACCGACAACAGCUGAUUACACUCAUCCUACACAGAAGUCAUCCCACGAAUAUGUGACUGAGGCUGAAACGGUCAAGCCUACUCACAAACCGACUUACAAGCCACAAGCUACCGUUGAAGUGGAAUCUAUGAAACCGACAACGGCUGAUUACGCUCAUCCUACACACAAGUCAUCCCACGAAUAUGUGACUGAGGCUGAACCGGUUAAGCCUACUCACGAACCUACCUACAAGCCACAAGCUACCGUUGAAGUGGAAUCAGUGAAACCGACAACAGCUGAUUACACUCAUCCUACACACAAGUCAUGGCACGAAUAUGUGACUGAGGCUCAAACGGUCGAACCUACCUACAAGCCGACUUACAAGCCACAAGUUACCGUUGAAGUGGACGAAGUGAAACCGACAACGGCUGAUUACAGUUAUCCUACACACAAGUCAUCGCACGAAUAUGUGACUGAGGCUCAAACGGUGGAACCUACCUACAAGCCGACUUACAAGCCACAAGCUACCUUUGAAGUGGAAACAGUGACACCGACAACGGCUGAUUACACUCAUCCUACACACAAGUCAUCCCACGAAUAUGUGACUGAGGCUGCAACGGUCAAACCUACUCACAAACCGACUUAUAAGCCACAAGCUACCGUUGAAGUGGAAUCUAUGAAACCGACAACGGCUGAUUACACUCAUCCUACACACAAGUCAUCCCACGAAUAUGUGACUGAGGAUCAAACGGUCAAGCCUACUCACAAACCGACUUACAAGCCACAAGCUACCGUCGAAGUGAAAUCAGUGAAACCGACAACAGCUGAUUACACUCAUCCUACACACAAGUCAUGGCACGAAUAUGUGACUGAGGCUCAAACUGUCAAGCCCACCUACAAGCCGACUUACAAGCCACAAGCUACCGUUGAAGUGGACGAAGUGAAACCGACAACGGCUGAUUACACUCAUCCUACACACAAGUCAUCCCACGAAUAUGUGACUGAGGCUCAAACUGGCAAGCCCACCUACAAGCCGACUUACAAGCCACAAGUUACCGUUGAAGUGGACGAAGUGAAACCGACAACAGCUGAUUACACUCAUCCUACACAGAAGUCAUCCCACGAAUAUGUGACUGAGGCUGAAACGGUCAAGCCUACUCACGAACCUACCUACAAGCCACAAGCUACCGUUGAAGUGGAAUCAGUGAAACCGACAACAGCUGAUUACACUCAUCCUACACACAAGUCAUGGCACGAAUAUGUGACUGAGGCUCAAACGGUCGAACCUACCUACAAGCCGACUUACAAGCCACAAGUUACCGUUGAAGUGGACGAAGUGAAACCGACAACGGCUGAUUACACUUAUCCUACACACAAGUCAUCGCACGAAUAUGUGACUGAGGCUCAAACGGUGGAACCUACCUACAAGCCGACUUACAAGCCACAAGCUACCUUUGAAGUGGAAACAGUGACACCGACAACGGCUGAUUACACUCAUCCUACACACAAGUCAUCCCACGAAUAUGUGACUGAGGCUGCAACGGUCAAACCUACUCACAAACCGACUUACAAGCCACAAGCUACCGUUGAAGUGGAAUCUAUGAAACCGACAACGGCUGAUUACACUUAUCCUACACACAAGUCAUCCCACGAAUAUGUGACUGAGGCUGAAACGGUCAAGCCUACUCACAAACCGACUUACAAGCCACAAGCUACCGUUGAAGUGAAAUCAGUGAAACCGACAACAGCUGAUUACACUCAUCCUACACAGAAGUCAUCCCACGAAUAUGUGACUGAGGCUGAACCGGUUAAGCCUACUCACGAACCUACCUACAAGCCACAAGCUACUGUUGAAGUGGAAUCAGUGAAACCGACAACGGCUGAUUACACUCAUCCUACACACAAGUCAUCCCACGAAUAUGUGACUGAGGCUCAAACGGUCAAGCCUACUCACCAACCGACUUACAAGACAGAAGCUACCGUGGAAGUGAAAUCAGUGAAACCGACAACGGCCGAUUACACUCAUCCUACACACAAGUCAUCCCACGAAUAUGUGACUGAGGCUGAAACGGUCAAGCCUACUCACGAACCUACCUACAAGCCACAAGCUACCGUUGAAGUGGAAUCAGUGAAACCGACAAUGGCUGAUUACACUCAUCCUACACACAAGUCAUGGCACGAAUAUGUGACUGAGGCUGAAACGGUCGAACCUAUUUACAUGCCGACUUACAAGCCACAAGCUACCGUUGAAGUGGAAUCAGUGAAACCGACAACGGCUGAUUACACUUAUCCUACACACAAGUCAUCCCACGAAUAUGUGACUGAGGCUCAAACUGUCAAGCCGACUCACAAACCGACUUACAAGCCACAAGCUACCGUGGAAGGUGAAUCAGUGAAACCGACAACAGCUGAUUACACUCAUCCUACACACAAGUCAUCCCACGAAUAUGUGACUGAGUCUCAAACGGUCAAGCCUACCUACAAGCCGACUUACAAGCCACACAAUACCGUUCACCCGGAGGAAGUGAAACCAACCACAAGCGCAUAUACGCACCCUACUCAGAAAUCUUCUAAGGAAUACGUCACCGUUGCUGUUCCAAUGAAGCCUACGUACAACCCAACUUCUAAACCACAAACUACCGUUCACCCGGAGAAAGUUAAGCCGACCACGAGCGCGUAUAUCGAUCUGACUCCGAAAUCUACUAAGGAAUACGAUACUGAUGUUAAUCCGAUGAAGCCUACGUAUAACCCAACUUACACACCACAUACUACUGUUCACGCGGAAAAACUGAAACCAACCACAAGCGCCUAUACGCACCCUACUCAGAAAUCGUCUAAGGAAUACAUCACCGACGCUGCUCCUAUGAAGCCUACAUACGGCUCAACUUACAAACCACAUACUACUGUUCACCCGGAAAAAUUGAAGCCGACUACGAGCGCAUAUACUGAUCUGACUCAGAAAUCUACUAAGGAAUACGGUACUGAUGUUAAUCCUAUGAAGCCUACGUAUAACCCAACUUACACACCACAUACUACUGUUCACGCGGAAAAACUGAAACCAACCACAAGCGCCUAUACGCACCCUACUCAGAAAUCACCUAAGGAAUACAUCACCGACGCUGCUCCUAUGAAGCCUACGUAUAACCCAACUUACACACCACAUACUACUGUUCACGCGGAAAAACUGAAACCAACCACAAGCGCCUAUACGCACGCUACUCAGAAAUCAUCUAAGGAAUACAUCACCGACGCUGCUCCUAUAAAGCCUACAUAUAAGCCAACUUACAAACCAGAAACUACCGUUGGAGCGAAAACGACGAAACCGGGUUCUCAUUCAGAUAAAUGUAAAUUCGUCGCUGGCGUUCAGAUUUGUACGAAUAAGGCUGUAUUUGAAGAUAUUAUAGAAUUUGUUUCGUAA